UAACUAGUUGUAGACCCUAGAUGUUAGGCCUCGGAGAGAGAAAGAAACGAAAUACCCAAGAAACACACAGCCUGCCAAUGCCAUUGCCAUUGCCAUUGCCAGGGUGAUCGGUGAUUGGUGAUGCUUCGCAGUUGCCCCUUCCUUCAUCACCCAUUAAUCAACAAUACCUUCCAAUUUUAGCGUUGCGCGCAAAUAUGAGUUGGUUAUCAAUUUUGUGGGGCUUGCUGUUGCUUUUAUGCAUCUUGAAACCCGGAAUUCGUUCGUCGGCAGAUAGGUUAGAUGGGAGGGUGUUGGAGUUGGACGAUUCCAACUUUGACUCCGCCAUUUCCUCUUUCGAUUACAUCCUCGUCGACUUCUACGCUCCCUGGUGCGGCCACUGCCAACGCCUUUCCCCCCAGUUAGAUGAGGCUGCCCCAAUUCUUGCUGGAUUAAAGGAUCCCAUAGCGGUAGCUAAACUAAAUGCUGACAAAUUUACCACUGUUGCUCGUAAAUAUGAAAUUGAUGGAUAUCCUACACUCAAGCUCUUUAAGCGUGGUGUUCCUGUAGACUAUCAUGGCCCGAGGAAAGCACAUAAACUUGUUUCUCAUCUCAAGAAAAUUGUUUCUCCUGAUGUCUCUAUUCUUGGUUCAGACUCUGCCAUUAGUGAUUUUGUUGAAGCAGUUGGGACUUACUUUCCUAUAUACAUAGGUUUUGGCUUGGAUGAGAUGGUGAUAUCUCAUUUAGCCAUCAAAUAUAAAAGGAAGGCAUGGUUUUCCGUUGCUAAGGAUUUCUCCGAGGAUGCCAUGGUACUGUAUGACUUUGACAAAGUUCCUGCUUUGGUGGUUUUUCACCCCAAUUAUAAUCAACAGAGUGUUUUUUACGGUCCCUUUGAAGAUGAAUUUUUGGGUGAUUUUAUAAAGCAAAAUUUGAUCCCUCUGGCUGUGCCCAUGAACCGUGAAACACUGAAACUAUUGAGCGAUGAUGAUAGAAAAAUUGUCUUAACAAUUAUGGAGGAUGAAAACGAGGAGAAAUCACAGAAAUUGAUCAAGUUAUUGAAGGCUGCUGCCUCUGCAAAUCGUGACUUGGUUUUUGGCUAUGUCGGAGUUAAGCAGUGGGAUGAGUUUGCAAAUACGUUUGGUGCCAAUGAGGAUACAAAUUUUCCAAAAUUGAUAAUCUGGAAUGGUGAUGAGCAGUACUUUACAGUUAUUGGUUAUGAAAGCCUUGAUGAAGAAGAAGAUCAAAGUUCUCAAAUCUCACGCUUCCUGGAAGGAUAUAGGGAAGGAAGAAUGGAAAAGAAGAUGAUUAAAGGACCAUCGUUUAUGGACUAUAUGAACGUAAUCAGCAUUGCAGCUGUGUUUAUAAUUGUGUUUUUGGUUGCAAUUCUGAUGCUUAUCCGAAGGCUAAGCACGCAUGAUGACAAUAAACCUCGCAAAGACAUCUAUGAUGAUGAUGACGAUGAUGAAGGUGAAGAAGAAAGCUCUGCUGAAAGCCCUGAGUCUGAUUAUGAAGUUCGGAAGAAAGAAGAUUGAAAGCGAGACAUGUCCAGUGGUAAAGAUAAAGCUCUCAAAUACAGAUUAGUUUCCAAGGUUUUUUUUCAAUGCACUUCAUCUGCUUAUUGCAUGUACUAUGUAUAGAGAAGAGACCAGUUUAUUUUUGUAGCUAUAGUUUGUACUUGUAUUGAUUAAAAGUCCCUUUAUUAUUUUUGAGCUUAGCUUAGUUGAUUUAUA